AUGUCAAAUAAAACACAACUAUCAACUUAAGCAUAGGCAACUGGCGACGAUGUGCCAUUAGCCUCUUUAAUUCAAUAAAUAAGAUAAGAUAAUUUAGAUUAAGAGGAUGUUCCUCAAAAGACUAGAUUACCUGUUUCCUAGAUAAACAAAAAUUUGAAUUUAGCAUAGGAAGAAAAUAAUAAUUUUCGAUACCAUCCUCAAUAACCGCUUUCUUAGCUUUAAAUAGUUUAGCAGAGAUAGGAGCAAUAUGAGAUGAUUCAAUAAAAGAAGUAAUUAGACUAACCUAAUGAGGUCGAUGAUGAAAAUAAAUCAUUUGGGAAUUAAGAAUUCAAAAAAGAAGAUCGACGUAUUGCUAUUUAAUAGUACUAAGUAAUUUUACUAGCACCAUCUUAACCAUACAGCAGAGAACCUCAAGUGUUAAAAUGCGAGAGAUGCCAGAAUGUAAUGAUUACAAAAGUGGAAUCAAAACCAGGAUGGGGCAGCUGUUUUUGUUGCUGCUUAAUGUUUUUAACUCCUUUUUUCUUUUUGUUUUUUUUACCUUUUUGUAUGAGAUAAUGCAAAGAUGCACAUCAUUAUUGUUAAUCCUGUUCAAAUAAACUCGGUACAUAUUAUUUUAUUUGUGAAUGA